CCCACAAUGCAAUAGGACUCCAUAUGACCUGAUUUGACUGUUCAAUCUUGUCAUGGUCCGGAGCAUGGCUCAGUUUAUUGGCAGGGAAACAAAGUACAGGUCAGUCUCUUGUGUCAAAGGUCACAUUCAGGGAAUGUGAGGUCAAUAAACUCUUGGUUUUACCCACAAUGCACUAUGAAUUCAUCUUCGACUUGAUGUGAGUGUUCUGUGUGGUCAUGUUCCCCAGUCUGGCUCAGUUUAUUGGCAGGGAAACAAAGUGCAUGUCAGUUUCUCGUAGAGAAUGUCAAAGGUCAACGUAUGUCAAAGGUUACAUUCUGGGAUUAUGAAGUCAAUGAAAUCUUCAUUUUACCCACAAUGCACUAUGACUCCAUGUUGUAUCUGAUUCAAUCUUAUCCUUCAAAAUCAAGAAAAGGAGCCCUAAAGCAUAAAUAUAAAGUUCAAAAGCAAUGAUUCUAAAACUUUUUUUUGUUGGUUGGAUGAUCUAUUUGUGUAAAAUGUAUUGUAUAAAAUUACAAUUUUUUUUUCACUUUAUCGGAUUGUAAUCCUGUCCCACUUGUACACUUGAUGUUAGUUGUCUGCAGUCUCAUAUUUACUAAAAAUUCCAGAAAUCGAUAUUUCGGAGUCUUGAAAGAAGGGAAUAUUCCUCAUUUGUUCAGUAGUUUCCUAUUAAAAGAAUAGGGAUAAUAGAUAGGGGUUUUCUGAUGUUAAGCUAUGAAAUGCAAACAUAAGUUUCAGUAAGCAGGGAAGGUGUUUUUUUUUUCUUCCUGGCAUCAUCACCAGUUUACUAAAAUGUAGUUGUAAAUGUAAACCUUACAACUGGCCUUCAUUUCGUGGUCAUGUUGUUAGAUUCUGUUAUACCGGUAGCUCAUUUUGAAAUUGUUACCACAACCAGGGGUGUGAGAGUUUGGCCAGAGUAAUACCAGUUUACCAAAUGUAGUUGUCAAUGUAAACAUAAUGGCCCGAAUUCACAAAGGUGGUUUCGUUUGAAACCAUGGUUUUUAGAAACCGUGGGUUUUAGAAACCAUGGUUUUUGAAAAUCCAUGGUUUCUAGAAUUUGGUAUUCACAAACGAUGGUUUCUAAAACCCACGGUUUCAACAGUGGUCUCAAAUGAAACCACGGUUUCAACAGUGGACUCAAAUGAAACCAUGGUUUCAACUGUGGGUUUUACCUCAAAACCAGGGAUUUCCCCUUUUUUAGCAUGUACUGGGCAUGCUCAGUGCAUUGAAAACUACAUUCAAAAGCUAGUAGCACUGGCAACAUUUUCCUUGUAAAAAAACAAACAAAUAGCAAUUCUCUCCACCCCCCCCCCUACUAAAAAGUAUGUUCCUGCCUGGCUGGGUUAUGUUCAAGUCACAAACACACACACACACACACAACCACAGCACACACACAACCACUGCAUGCAACUACCACUGCAUGCAAUCUCCACCACACAACAGCUGCUGCAACUUCAAAAAUGGCAAAGCCCAACCACAACAAAUGGCAAAACAGCGAAAUUAACUAUCUCUUACAACUGAUUCAUGAUCGCCAUCAAGUCAUAUGCAACAAGGAGACUCACCAUAGAGCUAAUGAAGCGAAGAAAGAUGCUUGGAACGCAGUACAUGAUCAAUUCACGCAAAGAUUUGGAAAAAAAUGGACAGUGGCUCAAAUGAAGGAAUUGUGGAAGCGACAGCGCAUCACUGCCAAGAAGGAGUAUGGGGAAUACAGGCGAAAAACACGGCAAACUGGUGGAGGUCCACCUCCAUCUCCACUUAAAGCUACAACCAUACUCAUCAAGGAGAUUCUUCCUUAUGACUUCAUACAGCUACACAAUCCCUAUGAUGAUGAUGUAGUACUCGAAAAUGACCAGGCCAUAUCAGCCCUGGAGUUCAUCCGUGGCGACAAAAAAUCAUCUUCGUCUGCCGUGACCGACGAUGCCAUCUACGAAGACGAUGACCCAGUCAAAGAUGACAUCCCACAUUCCAGAUCAUCUUUGUCUUCCGUGGCUGCUAAUGCCAACUACAUGCACGACACAGUCCAUGACCUAUUAGAUGAUGAUAUCCCUCAAUACAGCAAUCAAUCUGCAACCACCUCAAGACCCUUGGCAGCAUCUGACUCUUCUACACGCAAUCAAUAUGCCACCACCUCAAGACCCUUGGCAGCAUCUGACUCUUCUAAACGCAAUCAAUCUGCAACCACCUCAAGACCCUUGGCAGCAUCUGACUCUUCUACACGAUUUGAAGAAAAUCAGAGAAGUGUAACACCUGCAAAGAGAAAUUCAACCUCACAAGGUCAAGGGCGGAAGAAGGCUAAGAUGACAGCGGAGGAAGUGUUGAUCGAAAUAUCCAAGGAGGAACAUGCCUUAAGAAUGAAAUCCCUACAGGAGGAGCAUCAACUGAAGAUCCAAAUGAUGAGAGAGGAACAUGCUCUUAAGAUGGAAAUUAUGAACUUGGAAAAAAGUACCUUGGAGGUCAAGUACAAAGAGGCUCUUGAUUUGACUGAAAAGGAAGAUUAAUAUCAACACAUGUACACUAUUAUUGGCUGUAAUUAACCAAUUAAUGUGUGUUAUUACUGUAUAUACAGAAAUAAAUAUUUGAACAGCUAUAGAUAUGGUAACUAAGUAAAAGAUGAUUAACAUUUGUACUUCCUUGCUUACUACUAAUUUCAUUAUUAAUUUCCACAGGGUGUUGACUUUUAUUUCUUAAAGGAGAAUGAAAGCUCAAGGAUUCAGCAUUUGUAAAAACAUGAAAGUUAAAGAAAAAAGUGAUGAAACCGAUUAAAUUGUCCAAACAAAAAGACAUUUUUUUAGUAUUUGAAUGGUGAGAUCUGCAGUACUAUAGAGAAUUAAAGAUCUUCCUAAUGGUAAGACGUGCCAUGUCACACUUGAACAACUCUCCAUUCUAAUAUACCAACAUUCUGAUGACUGUACAAACCAACUGUCUAUGAUGAUUUUACCUAUUUAAGAAAGAUCAACUGGUUUCAAGCAAUUAAUUGUGCUAAAACUAGUUUAUUUAUACAUUAUAAAUGCACUGAAACAGACGAAAUACAAGUGCAAAAAGCCAUAUGACAAUUUACAAUGUGAAAAUGGAUUAUAUUUAUACAUGUACGCAGGUAUGAUAUAUUUUCUUGUACAUACAAAUAAUAUUUAUUUAUUGCUCUGUAUUUAUGCUGGAAAAUGUGCUUCCAUAUUUUGUUUGCAUCUCAUUUUCUUAUCAAUUCAUUACAAUGGAAGCUGAAAGACAUUUUUGAUGUACUGUACAUCAAACAGUAAUCAGAUGCAUGCAUUUUAAGAAAAAUAAAUGAGGUAUUUACAUAUUUGA